UGACGUGCGUAUCACGUGAUGUUUUCGCUGGGCUGUAGUGAUGUGUAGCCACCAUGAGUGAAGCGGGGAAAUAAAGAUUUAUAAUGGCAGCGAGUGAUGAUGGAGGCUUUGCGAAGACGCAACGUUUCGUCGCGCUCGUCGUGCUGAAUAAUCACCGGGGCGAUACAUCGCAAGGCCGCGCGGAUUACACGAGCCAGUGAUUCUAUCGGAGGUACGAACCCGCAGCCAAAAAAAUGGGCCGUGCAUCGGUGUAAAGCGGCGGUAAAGUGACCUUUCAUCGCAUUGUCCCAUGGAAGAACGGCCACAUUUACCGAAUCACGGCGUAAUGUUGACACUGGAGGCGCAACCGCGUCGCACUGUCACCAAAACGACCGCGACCAACGGCGACAUCUCUUGUGCUGCUGGGGAGCCUCCGUCCUCCUCCUCCUCCUCCUCAAUCAAUAACAGCGGCUCCCGUUUGCCCGUGCACUUAACGGCCUCCUCUCAUUCUCAGCCACAGAGGAGGUACCAUCCGCCUUACCACUUUAAAGUGCAUCACCUGUUCCCGGAUGAGAGCCCCCAGGAUGCUGUAUUAAGAAAAAACCUGCCCCCCCUCCAGUAUAAAGUGCACGACUCUGCCUUCUGUCGUGUGCUUAGCUCUGAUACCACUGCUGCUGCCCUGGCCGCCGCUGCCGUCUGCACCGGUGGCAUAGACAGGGACAUAUGGAAGUGCGGAUAUCUUCGAAAACAGAAGCACGGCCAUAAGCGGUUCUUCGUCCUGAGGGGCCCGAGCAACCUGGGGCCCAGUCGGUUGGAAUACUAUGACAGCGAGAAAAAAUUUCGUAAUGCGCUCAAAGCCGCCACCACCGGGGUGACUUGUCCCGCGAAGAGGGUCAUUUACCUUUCCCAGUGUUUUACGGUUAAUAAGAGGGCUGAUGCUAAGAACAAAUACCUCAUUGCCCUUUAUACUAAAGAUGAAUAUUUUGCAGUGGUGGCAGAAAACGAGCAGGAGCAGGAGGAUUGGUACUUGGCCCUCACUGAACUUAUGACGGAGGGCAAAAAGGGGCAGCUGGACACUGAUGAACUUGACGAUGGUUACGGGACAAUUUCACCAGGUACUAUUUUUAAGGAGGUGUGGCAGGUCAACGUCAAGCCCAAAGGGUUGGGUCAGACCAGGAAUCUAAUGGGGGUGUACCGUCUGUGCCUUUCCGCCAAGACUAUUCACCUGGUGAAGCUGAACUCGGAGACGCCCGCUGUGAACCUGCCGUUAAUGAACAUUCGCCGCUGCGGCCACUCUGAGAGCUUUUUCUUCAUUGAAGUCGGACGCUCCUCUUCCAUUGGCCCUGGUGAAAUCUGGGUGCAAGUCGAGGACUCUGUGGUGGCACAGAACAUGCAUGAGACAAUUCUGGACACUAUGAAAGCUCUGAAGGCCUUUCCUGACUUCAGGCCGCGAAGCAAAAGCCAGUCCUCCGGGUCGAACCCCAUACCGUUCAUCACCACUCGCCGGCAUCUCGGAAACCUUCCUCCCAGCCAGACUGGGCUGCAGCGUCCCUCCAGGACGGAUUCUGUGACAGGCACACCGCCGACAGGGAAAACUAAAGGAGGGAGGGGCAAGCGUUAUCGGACAUCCAGUGAGGGUGAAGGCACCCACGACCGCCCGCUCAGCUCUGGGACGGGCAGCCUAGUGCACCUAAACACCCCCAUUCUCAACGUGGGCCGGGAAGAAAGUGGCAGCUGCUGCGCUCACGCCUCGCCCGGUUCGAUCCAGCACACCCGCUCCGCUUCACUUCCUGUGUCUCACUUCCUGUCUGCCACCAGCCCCAUCAGUGUGUCCAGCAGCAGUGGACACGGCUCCGCCUCUGACACGCACACCCGCCCCUCAAGCUCCUCCAUUUGCGGCUCCCCUAGCGACGGGGGCUUCAACUCCUCGGAUGAGUUUUGCCCCAGCCCGUGUGACUUCAGGUACUUUCAUGCGAGCUGCACCACCCCCGAAUCCCACGGCAACACCCCACCUAUUAGGGAAGAUUACCGGCUGGCAGAAUACAUGGCUAUGGAUUGGCAUAAAGAUGGGGCCAGAACCUUUGAAGAGGAGAGCAGUUACAUGGAAAGAACUUUUCUCAAGCUAGCACAUUCCUCCAAGCCAAAGCUGGGCGGCGGUUUAGGUGUCAUGCAGCAAAAAGCAACGCAAACCUCAUCUUCUUUAGAUGAACCAAGCCCUGUAGAGUCAAAACGACACCAGGUUUGCUCGUGCUUGCUGAAGUCAGCCUAUAAGUCUUACUCUGAAUUACAUCACCCAAACAAGCCUCCCUUGCUCAGCUCGGAGUGUCAGAAAAAACUGCCUAAAGACGAUGGCUACACGCCUAUGAUGUACAGCAUUGCUCCCUCUCUUAAUACAGAUUACAUCCCUAUGCAACCCAGAGCGAACCACCCUGCCACCCUGGACUUUCACGCUUGUUCCUCACAGCAAGCAGACAGAUACGGCUAUAUGAUGAUGCUCCCUGGUGACAGCCCCUCCAGCAGAGAACAGGCAGAGUAUGAUGACUACAUGGACAUGACUGCGCAAAUGACCAUGGCGGAGGGCUUUUCCCAAGCCUCACCAGAAAGUCAGAAAUCCCACAGCUCUUAUUUCUCCCUGCCACGUUCCUACAAAGCUCCUUCCCGAGAGAAGCGCGAAAAGACUGAAUACGUUCCCAUGUCCCCUGUUGAGCCCCCAAGCCCACCAAGUCCAGGAGAGUACAUCCACAUGAAUUUUGGUGCCUCUCACACUGCAAUCUCCCCACUCUCUGUGAAUUCCCCCUCCACCCCACCACCCUCUCAGCCCUGCUACCAGAUGUGCUGCUCCUCACCAGACCAUGACUAUUUAGGCCUAAACAUAGACAGCCUUUUGAAAGACCGCCCUCCACGACACUCGCUCGUAGCUCCAUGGAACCCCCCUAACUACGCCCGACCCUUAGGAUGCUCUUACGGCCAGACGUCGACUAAUUUCGAUCCCGAAAAAAUUCACAGCGGCUGUGGAGAUGCCGGCAGUCCCUCCAGAGCGAUGCAGCACCUCCGUAUCUCAGAACGGCUGCCUGUCAGUCAAACUGAGCCCAAGAUCAUCAGAGCCGAUCCGCAGGGCAGGAGACGACACAGUUCUGAGACUUUCAUCCCCUCACCUGGUUCCUCUGCUAGCGGUUGCGGUGUCAGGCUCUCGGCCAAUCAGAAUCACCCCGAAGCGAGCAGGUGGCAAAACUCCACCUCGUUCGAUAGCAUGUGGUCGCAUUCAGACGCCUCUCCCGACUUUGCAAACUCUGCCACCGGAGGAACACGCCAGAACACCUCAUCCAGCUACCUCAACUACAUCGCUCUGGACUUGAGAGAAGUGCCCAGGGUCACACACGACACGCCCCCUUCACACCCAGCUCAUAGUAACCUCCAGGAGAGCGAAGCCUAUGCUGGUAUAGACUUCUCCAUGUCAGGAGGACAUGCCACUGCCUCAAAAGAUUGAGUGAGUCAUAUGCCGAUGCCCAGGGGGAGUCGAGACAUUGAGAAUCCGAUGAACUCUGGAAUGCUGAAGAGGAAGUCGCCACCUUCUCCUCAGACCUCCAACAACAAAAACUGAGAAACUGCACAACCUCUUAUGCUCUGGAUUUCCCACAUAACUGCCUCAACAACCGGUUCAUUUGUCCGUUUUGACAGGAACGUUAAUGUUUUUUGGUCUUGUUUACUAGAGCGGGUUCGCUAAAUCCGAACUGUGAGCUCCAGACGUCUGGCACUUAAUUUCGCGUGUGUACGGUAUUUUUAAUGCUCAUCAUAGCUCUUGCGUUACAGGUUUAUGUUUCUCCACACAAAAUCUAAAAGAUUUGUGUAAAUAGGAGGAGCUUGUAUAUUGAAUAUCAUUUUGUAUAAUGAGCCAGAUACUAAGUGGUACCUUCCCAUAAUCCCUCACUCCUCGAGACACUUGCCACACAUCGCACUUAGUUGUGUUGAUUUUUCUUAUUUAUAUAAAAGAAAAUUCAUAUUUUUUCAGGGAGCAUUGAGUUGCCUACACUUGCAGUGCACAUACUGUAAAAGGGUUUCGUUUUGCCACACGGACCACUUCUGUGAAGACCACUUUGUUAUAUAUUUUUUUGUGUACAGCUACAAAAUCAUCUCGGUUGGGUUUUAUAUCACACGAAAAAUCAUCUAACGAUACCGUUUGUGAAUCUGAAUUAGAUCAAUUCAAAAGUCCGAGCAUUUUGACCAAUGCGAAGCUUAAAAAGAAGUAAAGACACUUUUUUAAGAGCACUUUUUAGAUGACGCAGUGUUUCUAAGUUACCUGGAUGCUACCUCCUGUUCAUGCCAUUGAGAAAAUACUCACGAAAUCCUUGCCUGUAUUAGUGUGCUAUCAAGUAUUGCCGACUUCGAGGUCAAUUGAGAUGCAAACUAUUAUUUCCAUCACCACUUAUGGUUUCUCUGUCCUUGUUUAAAAUGCAACCCAGCAUUGUUUACAUAGAUUUGGAGUAUCUUUAGGCCUUGAUGUAGCCACUGGACAGACAAAAAAAAGAUGUUUACUAUUUCUUAACUUAUUUGCAUUUCACUACUACUAGUCUUAUAAACUGCCACAUUACAGCAGGAAGCCGGUACUGUACGAACUUCAUGCUACUUUGCAUUCCCCACACGGUACAUCCUGUUGUUUUGUUUGUUAAUUUAUUGAUUAUUUAUUGUUUAUUUAUUUAACUUUCGCAGUGACGUUCACUGUUCGCGGGACAGUUUGUAUAGUGCAUCGCUGGUGAUCGCAAUCGUAUGAAUAUAGUACUUACUGUGAGGGGGAGUUCAAUGUGUAUAUAUCCAACUUCAAACCACCUGUUUUACCCUCAACUCUUGGGCGUUUUUUUACCAAGAAUUAUUAGUCCCUUUUUUGCUUGUACCUGAAAGCUUUAUAUGAAGAGAUGUCGGGUCGAGGUCGUGAUUGAAAGCUGUGUAGUAAGAUGUGUACGCUUUACAGUAGUAGUCCAGAUGAUGUUGGGACACGUCAGUGAAUUUUUCCAUUCGUUUCGGUAGCGGUCGCGUGGCCGCUCUCUUUCUUUGACUAGCUUUUGUGUCAUGCUAUCGUGUCAUGAUAUAUUGCGUUGCUUUAAUGUAAGUAAAAUGUGAAAUGGAGAAAAAACAGUAGUAUACCGUUUCUUGGGAGUUUUUCUACACAAUAACUACAGUGACAGCCUAGAAAAAUAAUCAAGCUUGUGUUUUUUGUACUAGGGGCUCUACUGAGGUUAUAGUUUGGGGAUACUGAUUUUGUUUGGAAUUGUGCCGAGUUGUUUGCCUUCUUUCGAUGACUGAAAAGGAAGCGUUGGGAAAAAAUUUCAGACGUGCAGAGUCUGUGUUGACAAUUUGCAUUUCAUUUGGUCAGUACACACUUUUGCUAAAAGUUUGUAAUUGGGCUGAAAUACGUUAAUGACCACGACUGAAGUAAACCAUUAUCAGCGCCGUCUUCCUUUGUAAAUAUUGUAAUUUUUGAUAUCCCAUCUCUUGUCAACACGCUACACGGCAACUCCUUGGAUUAUUUUAAGGAUGAGGCUGUUUGAGAUUUUUUUGGGGGGGUCAGUUCUACAUUUUUAUAUUUUAUUUUUGGUGUAUAUUUAUCAGAUUGGGUUUUGCUUGUAAUAGAGCUAUUGCAAUAAAAAAGUGCCAAGGUAUCCCUGA